AUGGCGCCUACUCCCUCGACGGCUUUCGCAGCCAAAUACUAUGAGCCCUUUGACAACCUCAUGAAAACGAGCGAUGAGAAGAUCAACUCUGGUUCCCACGGCCGCUCGGCCGCCUUCGACGAUGCCCUCGCUGCCUUCGCCCAGUUCAUCUGCCUGCGACUGCGCGUCAGCCGCUGUCUCGUUUCCUGUUUCGACCGCAACAACCAGUACAUUCUGGCCGAAGCAACCCCGACCCUCUCCUUGAAGACAUACAAAGCCGACGAUCCCAAGGACGAACUAUGGCUCGGCUCAGGAGCCCAAGAACGCAAGUCACUCCUGUGCGAGCGCACCCUCGAAUUGGCCGACGACAAGGUAGACAGCGACCCGGAUGGCGUUGUUGUAGUGCCCAACAUUGCAGAGGACGACUGGUACAGGAGCUGCAAAUCGCACAUGAACGUGCCCGACAAUGUCUGUUUCUAUGCUGGAACCGCCAUUCGGAGUCCCUAUGGCCCUGUCAUUGGUGUCAUCUCGGUUCUAGGCUAUGAAUCAAGAGACGACCUCACAGAGUCCGACAAGGUGUUCCUCCGAUACAUGUCAAGUGUCAUCAUGACCCACCUCGACAUGGUCAGGUCGAAAGAAGAGCACCGUCGUACAUCUCAAAUGGUCGUCGGCCUGGGCUCCUUUGUCGAGGGCAAGGGGCUGGUUGACAUGAACAUGCAUUCGAAGACGCUCCCUAAAAGCACAAGCGUCGAAUGCCAGGGUGAACCGCCUGCAACCCCCGGAGCUUCUACUUCCAAGCCACCGGAAAUGAUCCAUGUCCAGAACGAGAAUCCCNCCCAACAUCCUGGUGAAACCAAAUCCGCAGAGGAUUCUCUCAGCUUUGAACAUUUGCAAGCACAAAUGCUCUCGACCGACGUCAAGUCGACCUUUCAACGCGCUGCUCAGAUCAUCAAAGACGCAAUCGACGUCGAAGGCGUAGUCUUCCUCGAUGCUUCCGUGGGGAGCUUCGGCGCUCUAGUACAAUCCGUCCCCGCUACCUCUGACGACGACUCUGCUUCUUACUUCACCCGGAACACCGCUUCUAACAAGGAGUGCCAUGUCUUGGCAAGUGCAGGUGAAAUCGAUCAUGGCUGGUCCAUCACAGAAGCCUUCUUGCACUCCUUCUUGACGCGAUAUGGACAAGGGAGGAUUUUCAACAUCGACCCCAAAGAGAAUGAGCUACACAUGACCAACGCCAAAACCCCCGAAGAAUCUGAAGAUUUUGGCCAAAAAGUCGAACCUGAUGAGGAACAGCAUUCAGACGACGAGAAGCGAGAAGAAGUGCGCCGACAAAGAUCGGCCGACAUUGCCGAGCUCAAGCGCUUGUUCCCUGAUGCUCGUUCUCUUGCAUUCGUUCCCAUGUGGGAUGAUCACCGCAUGCGCUGGUUCUGCGGUGGCAUCAUCUGGUCCAACAGAGCGAUACGCUUGUUGCACAAGGAUUCUGAGCUGAGUUUCCUACGAGCCUUCGGCAUGGCCAUCAUGUCCGAGGUUGCCAAACUUGACACGGCCAUGGCAGACAAGGCCAAGUCUGAUCUACUCAACAGCAUCAGUCACGAGCUGCGUAGUCCAUUGCAUGGUAUUCUGGGCAGUAUAGAAUGUUUGGAGUCAUCGGACCUUGAUCCAAUGCAACAUGGGCUAGUCGAGACCGUCGAUACUUGUGGACGCACACUCCUAGAUACCAUCAACCACCUGCUCGACUUCAGUAAGAUUAACAACUUCACCCGCAACAAGUCUAAGCGCCAGAAAGAUUCGAUGACAAGACAGGCCGAUAUACUGAGUCUCGACUCAGUAGUGCAUCUUCCUACGAUUACCGAAGAAGCUUUGGAAACCGUCUUCGCAGGCUACUCAUCUCCUGCAGGCGCUCGUGAUGAACCAAAAAGCAGCCAGGCAUACAAGAAUACUGACACGACACCCAAAUGUGACGUCGAAAUCAUUGUUGAUAUCGAGGCCAAGGAUCACGAGAACUGGCUAUUAUGUACCGAAGGAGGAGCAUGGAAGCGCUUAGUCAUGAAUUUGGUAAGCAGUCUGUCAAUUCGCGUGUCACAGGAGAUACUGACCACAACCGAAGNNACUGGCAACAGCUUGAAGUACACGAACGACGGGUUCAUCUACAUACGACUGUCCUCUCAGGAGUUGCCGAGAAAUGGCGAAGGACCUGGAAGAAGCCGUAUAUCAUUGACGGUUAAAGACACUGGAAAAGGAAUGUCCAAGGAAUACUUGCAGAACCAUUUGUUCAGACCAUUCGCGCAAGAGGACCCACUCAAUCCCGGAGCAGGACUGGGUCUUUCCAUGGUGCGACAUAUCGUCAGCAAUCUUGGUGGCGAGAUCUCGGUAGAGUCCGAGUUGAACAAGGGCACCGAAAUUCGCGUCGAAGUCAUCAUGAUGGAUCCAGUCCCCAGCCCAGAAGCAAAUGACGAAGCCUUUAUCAUGACCGAAGCGGCACAAAAGCUGCGAGGCUUAAAAGUAGCAUUCAUCGAUCCGCCCAUAUCGAGCGACGGGGAGACUUCUUCUCAACGAUCGCUUCGCAAAGCUCUCGACAAGCAAUGCUGGAGUUGGUUCAAGAUGGAAUUCACCACUGUCAGUGGAGUCGAAGAGGUAGGAGACGCGGCGGUGGUGCUGACGACAUGCCACAAUUCACCUAACGUCAAGGAACACUUGAUCAAACUCAACAAACCAGUCAUAAUACUCUGCGAAAGCAACGCGCGGCUGCGACAGGCAUACGCUGAGAGUGAAGCACUCCGAAGAACAGUCACGACCGAGUUUAUUGCGCAACCCUACGGACCUCGCAAACUGGCGCGCGCAUUUGUGACAUGCAAAGAGCAAAGACCGCCACAGCUGGAAGAUGUCAUAUUAUACCGGGAUAUGGAACUCAUGACGCUGCCGAGCAUGCCUGCUCCCAACACGCAAGCACGCAACAACGAGCAGUCGUCAACUUCGCGCGAGGUCACACCUCCACGAGUGUCACGAAGCCAGAACAAAGCAGCCGAAGAGCCCGAAGAGACGGCAAGACAAGACGGACCUAGAGCGCUGUGCCUCCUCUUGGUCGACGAUAACAAGAUCAACCUCCAGUUGCUGGUCCGCUACUGCAAGUCGAAGAAGUACGACUACGUGACGGCAGAAGAUGGCGUCGAAGCAGUAGAAGCAUUUUGCUCACAUCAACAAGACGCAGCUACAAAGUUUGACUUUGUCUGCAUGGACAUCUCUAUGCCGAGGAUGGACGGGCUAGAAGCCACGAGGAGGAUACGCUCGUUUGAACAGAGCCAUGGCAUAGAAUCCAGCAAAGUCAUCGCCUUGACGGGAUUGGCGAGCGCAGAGGCACAGCAAGAGGCAUUCUCGUCGGGAGUCGAUCAGUUCAUGACAAAACCUGUCCGUCUAANNAAAGAGCUGGGCGAGGUGUUGGCUGGUCGGAGAUGA